AUGCCUGCGAGCAUGUUCAGCAUCGACAACAUCCUGGCGGCCAGACCUCGCUGCAAGGACUCGGUGCUGCUGCCCCCGAGCGCCGCGCCCGUCGUCUUCCCCAGCCUGCACGGGGACUCCCUCUACGGCGCUGCCUCCGACUACGGAGGAUUUUACUCCCGGGCUGUGGCUCCCGGCUCGGCGCUGCCGGCGGUCGGCGGCUCCCGUUUGGGCUACAACAACUACUACUACGGGCAGCUGCAUGUGCCCGCAUCUCCCGUGGCCCCGUCGUGUUGCGGGGCCGUGCCGCCGCUGGGGGCCCAGCAGUGCUCCUGCGUUCCCCCAGCAGGUUACGAGGGCGCUGGGUCGGUGCUGAUGUCCCCUGUUCCCCAUCAGAUGUUGCCCUACAUGAACGUAGGCACUUUGUCCCGGACGGAGCUGCAGUUACUCAACCAGCUGCACUGCCGGCGGAAAAGACGGCACCGGACUAUCUUCACUGACGAGCAGCUCGAAGCGCUGGAAAACCUCUUCCAGGAAACGAAAUACCCGGACGUGGGCACCAGGGAACAGCUAGCGAGGAGGGUGCAUUUAAGAGAGGAAAAAGUGGAGGUUUGGUUCAAAAACCGCCGGGCGAAAUGGAGGAGGCAAAAGCGGUCGUCUUCUGAGGAAUCGGAAAAUGCACAAAAAUGGAAUAAAGCAUCUAAAACGUCUCCGGAGAAGAGGCAAGAAGACGGGAAAAGCGAUUUGGACUCCGACAGCUGAUGCCGCGCAGGGGGACGCUCCCCGUGGACUGUAGGAUACGCUCCAGAGGAUGCUACUAUCUUGCACAAGCUCUGCCUUGUCGGAGGGGAAAACUAUCUGUAUAUAAUGUACAAUACCCCGAGUCGUAUUUCGUGUAAAUAAAAUGUGUUGCGGAGGUGUUGCACAGGCAGCCGGUGCCGGGUCCGUGCCGCGGGCGAGGGCUGCCGGGCCGCAGGUGGCCGCGAGCGGGAUGGGCACGGCCGGAACCGAGCGGAGGGGGACGGGGCCGAACCUGGGCGAGGGGCGGCGGUGGAGCGGUUGCCUGCGCGUUCCCCGAGGUGAGGCGCGGAGGCCGCAGUCAUAACGAUCCGGUAAUUUAUUAGGGCCGCGGCAAAAUGCCUUUUUUAUUAUUAUUAUUAUUAUUAUUAUUAUUUUCCCCCAUGUCCUUUAUUGCUCCCUCACCACCUUUGUACUCCCUGGUCGUAAACCUGGAAUACUUGCAGGCAGCGCAAAUCCAGCAUCCCGUUUGUUCUUUUGCUGUGUUUCCUUGCGCUUUUCACUCUCUUUUCUGCUUUCUGGAGCUUUGUCCCGCUGAGUUUCCACAAGUUUGCCUUUGAUAGAAAAGCUAUCUCACUACAUCCACAUCUGAAAGCUCUCCUAAUAAACUUCAGCCGCUAUCAGCUGCGUUAAGCUUGAAGCGCAGCCCUGGUAUGUUGCUCUCGGGGAUGCUUGCUAAGAAGCUGCAAAUUGAUGUUUGGCCUCUAACAGCACCUUCGCUGUUAGGAAAGCAGCUCUCCUUUCGCUCUUCCUUCGGGGAGGCCCUCUUAGCAAAAGCAUCUAUUCUCCCUGUAAAAUCCACAUUCUUUUUUUCUUAGGCCUUUUUUCUCGUCUCUCCCAAAAUCUCAAGGCAGAGCUACUUCUCUGAGAUGGCAACUUCCUCAUAUUGUUUUGCUGAGAAGGGCCUUCCCUCUCCUCUGUGAGAGUUCUAUAAACUGAAUGCUAAUGACUUGAAGGUAUGAAGUCAAUGAGGAAACCUCCAUACUGUGUGUUUCAUUCAGCAGUUAAGGUUAAUUAACGUAAUUUUUCUUAAUUACCUUAAAUGCUUGAGCUCACCUGUAUACAGCAGCUUGUCUGGGUUAGACAAGACAUAUAGGAAUGCUCCAAACAUUGUUUCCAGUGAUGCUAGAAGUAGUUUACAACUGUGUUUCUUGUCCUCAUGCUUUUCCUCACAUUCAGUAUACAUUCAGUUUUUAUGGGCAGUGUAUCAUAGUGCGUACCGUAGGUGUCAGUGGGACAGGGAGGAUCCUGGCAGCUGUCUGCUCAGGUGACAUUUCCUAACAUUAUGUGUGCUUCUUCGUAGAUGUGGUAUUUCUCUCCAAGCAAACUCUCCCUGUACCAGGUAGAAGGAAUAGCUGCUGUGGAAGAAAUAAACUGAGGUUUUGUAUGAGUUAGUCCUUUAGGGGGCUUAUCGUUUCAUAGCUACUGCUCUUUCAGAGAGAAGACUUGUAAGACUUGCCUCCCUUUUUUUUUUUUUUUUUUUUUUUUUUUCCUACAGGGAAAGGAAGGUGAAUAGAAAACUUCUUAGUUUCUUCUUCUUUGACACAUACCGUGGUUUGGCACUUCGGAACUACUGCAUUUUGGAGAUGCUGCCCUGCUGCUAUAGAUACGUAUCUGGACUUCAUUCACUGCAAUCCAGCAGAAAAUUAGCAAUCAAAUUAUUGAAAACUAUUUUUCAAAAGAAUAUUUUCUCUCUCUCCUUUUUUUUUUUUCUUUUUUUUUUUUUUUUCCUUUUUUUUUCCCCUUGUUGUAUUCAAGAAGUCUCACUGAGUGGAUAUUUAAUCCAUCGUCUUCUUUGUAUUUAGUCAUUGUUACCUUUUUAAAUCUGUUUUCAAUUUGCCAAAUAAAAAGGUAGGUCUAAGGAUAAUAUUGUCAAGGGUGUUGCAAAUAUGGAUAUAUUUUCCUUAUUUCUCAUGUAUAAUUAGCCUCACUGCUAUACUGGGGACUUGGUAGAGUUUUGUUUGGAUUUUAUGUGUGUGAGUGUAGUGGAAUGGUAAUUUUGGAAGUCAGAAUUGAGGAUUUCAGCCUGUUCACUUCAAUGUGAGCGUUAAACUGAAUUGUGCUAUAAGAGAUGGGAUCGGAAUACAUUUCUGAUAACCAGCACCAGUUAACUUAAUAUUACAGUUCACAUCUUCAGAGAUUUUCAGACUUCUACAGUGGGAGCAAAGUGCUCAAGUACUGUGUAAGCUCCAGGUCACAGAACAUAUCCUUAUAUACAACAUUUGUUCUGUGAAAUCAUGUCAUUUUUCAUAAGAAUCCAAAAACCAUGUUCCAAAACAAGCUUUCUAUGCACAGGAUUGUGAUGAAAUCACCAGUGAUCGCUUCUUAAGUCAUGUUGUGCCCUAUCCUGAGUUAGUAUCUGCAUUUUCUCUAAAGUCUUGAUCACCAGAGCUUGGUCCUGCAGUCAGUGGUAUGUGUUCUUAAUGUUAUAUGGAAAUGAAGGUCUUUUAGAGAUAAAAAUGUUAUGUUCAAAGUUAUAUUUUAGUAUUUUAUGUCUAAUUGAAAAGCAGUUUUAAUCUGGAUCUAAAAAUGGCAUCUAUACCAUUAGUUGAUAGAAGUAUCUGUCUUAUUGUUUUUCUCAGAAGUGUGUGGCAGAAACCCAGUGGCUUUGCUUUCCCUUUUGGAUGCUAUGAAAUCAGGUUCUGUUGGGUCUGGAAUAGAUCAACAACUGAAAGGCAGUGAGAAGGCAGCACUGGAAGUAUCAAGAAUGUAGAAAAAGAAAUGGUGGAAGGUGUGAAGAAGACAGUAGUAAAAUCUCUCUUUAAAUUGCUGUGUUUCAUUGACAUUAUCAGAUGGAUUAUUAUUAUUAUUAUUAUUAUUUUAAUUUCUAGAUUAGGAGAAUUCCUAUGUGCCAAAAUGCAAAUCCUACAAAAACAGUUUCAUUAUUUUCUCUGUUAGUGCAUUAAGGGAAAGGCAACGUGAGGGAUUUGAAUACCCACUAUGUUCUAACAGGUUCAGCUCCAACAAAAGCACUUUGAAAGGUUUCAUUGUGGUGUUGUAUGUUAAUUCUUGUAGAAGGAGACCAAAACAGAUUUUUUUUUUUUUUUUUUUUUUUUGUCUCUAUCUCACCCAUAAUUUACAGCCAGAAAAACUCAUUUGGUGCUGCUGGUUUUUUUGGUUUUUUAUUUUUUUGUUUUUUAAUAUAUAUAUAUAUACAUGUGCUCUAUGAUUUGUGAUAUUGACAUACUACCAAGGUUUUAGAACUUUGGUUCAGUUUCUUGCUGUAAUUGGUUUGUGUGCUGUUCUAUGAAAUGUUGGACUUUCCUUCCUAAACUUGUUUGUAGAAUGAAUAAUAUUCCUUUCAGAUCUCACAGGAGAGAUAGGGUGGAGGGUGGACUGGAAGAAGAAACAUAAGCUACUUACAGAGGCUCACUGUUGUAGUGAAGAAUUAUUCCAGAUAAUGUUAUGCAUUAUAGGAGUAACAACUGAAUAAUUAUACAAUAGGACCAUACACCACACACGUCUUCCUGACAGUAAGUGGCUUAGGAUUAUGAAAUUGUUUUGUGUGGGACAUUUGAAGCUAGGAAGAGCAGACUUGUAAAGGUGGAGCACAGAUGCAUUCUGCCACGCAGUCAGCUUGAGCAGUCAGAUACAUAUCUCCCUUUGUGCCAUCUGUAUCUAGAUGACCCUAACUCAUGUUUUUAUUUAAUAUCCUGUUUACUGUAUUUAUUCCUGUCAUCUUGUAGUAAGUAAUACUGGAGAGCAGAGUCAGAUUAUUUUGGCUGACAAAGUGAUUUAUUAUCAGUUGAAAAUCUAUACUUUUUCCCCCUCAGUUUUACAAAUACUUUGGUGAGCUGGUUUUGAGCUUUACCAUAAUGGGACUCUGGGAAUAUAAACCACGCAAACUCCUUCUUACACGGCUUGUGAAGCAAACAGUUGGAUUAGUAGAAGUUAUAAAAAAAAAAAAAAAAAAAAAAAAGCAAUGUUGAGUUCAUAUUUUUUUGUGCUCCAUCUGCAUUUAUUGGUUCUCUGGGGUUAUACACUGUGGAGCAUAAAGGAACAAAAACCCAAAGAGUUCUUGUUUUGUGUUCUACUCCCUUAGGGUUUCAUUCCACUUAUACUUUAUGUUUUCCUACUUCAGAGACCUGGUGAGUCUUGACUAAAUCUAGACAGAGCAGUUCAGUUGAAUUGUUUCUCUGGGGUUACGGUUACCCUGAUUUGAUACACAGAGUCUGUUAUACAAAGGUAAUAACUGUAGCUGCAAUAUUUUACCUUGUAAGCAAUUAAUACAAAGUUAAAGGGCCAAUUGCUUAAACUCUGAUAGCUUCAGAUGUAGAGCCCUGUGUCGCUACAGUACUCUGCUUUGUGCUGAAAAUCUCCAGAGAGAGAGAGAAUUGAAAGGUAAAAUAAAGUAAUAAUUAAAAAAAGAAGAAGAAAAAGAAAAUGUUAAACCACAACCA